CUGCAUUCCUUCCUCCAUUAUUUCUCCACCCCUUUCCCCCCUCUCUCUCUCUCUCUCUCCUCCUCCCUCUCUCUAAAAGACUGGAUACAGAACAAUAGGAAAACAAAUAGGGAGAGGAAGAAAGAAGAACACCUACCAAGCAAGACUUGGUUUUUGAGCACCUCAUGGGCUGUGGAAUUGUCCCCAGGAAUCCCCUUUGGGUUUGACGAGAUUCAUACAGAGAAAUAGUUCUUGAUUUUUCCCCUUUUUUUGCUCAAAAAUUUACCUGUACAGGAGAACUGCUUGUUUCUGCUUUGUUUUUCCGUGUUUGUUUUGUUUGGAUUUUCCUCCGGUCCGUUCUUCUUCACCUGUGGGGAGGUGAGGAGCAAAGGGAAUCAUGGGGAAGCAAGGACCCUGCCGUCAUUGCGGAGUCACAAGUACUCCCCUUUGGCGAAAUGGGCCACCAGAUAAGCCGGUGCUCUGCAAUGCAUGUGGCUCAAGAUGGAGAACAAAGGGGUCAUUGGCAAACUACACUCCAAUGCAUCGCAAGGAUUAUAUUGAUGACAAUGAACCUAGAGUUAGCAAGCUGAAGCCACCAACAUCAAAGUCGAAGUCACAGAAGAAAAAACCAAAUCACAUCAUAAUGGAUAAUGGGCCAUUUUCUUGUCAGAAUUUCCAAAAGAUGGGGGAUGCUGACCCAAGCAAUCGGUCUAGUUCAGGAUCUGCAGUGUCAUACUCUGAGAGUUGCGGCCCAUAUGGUGCUGCUGAUGCAAGUGAAAUGACUGGUUCAGCACAAUCACAUGCUUGGGAGUUCCUAGUUCCAUCAAGAAAGAGGAGCUGUGUUACUCGUCCAAAGCCGUCGCCUGUAGAAAUGCUUGCAAAAGAUCUUAGCUCCAUCAUGCAUGAAGAGCAGCUAUAUUACCUUUCAGGAUCCUCAGAGGAAGACCUACUAUACCAUAGUGAAACUCCUGUUGGGUCCUUUGAGAUAGGCUCUGGAAGUGUGCUUCUAAGACAUCCGAACUCGAAAUCACCAGAGGAAGAAUCAGAAGCAAGCUCCAUUCCUGCAGAUAAUAAAUCAUACAUUACAAGCGAAUCCUAUUCUGGGUCUGCCUCAUUUGUUGUUCACAGUGGAAACAGGGCAAUCAACUUAAAUCCUGCAACUGCGAGGCUAAAGAGGUCACCGCUGCAUAUUGAAGAUAAUGCUAGAAGGGAUAAACUUCCUUAUGAAAAUAAGCAUAUCCUGGAGAGUAUUGAUUCACCUUUAGUUUCAGUAGAUUUAGAGGAUGUUGUCAACUACUCUAACUUUGUGAAAUAUCUAACUAAAGAAGACCAACAACAGUUGUUCAAACUUCUUUCUCCUGCAGAAUCCUCAACUCCUGACAGCAGCGUUAGAAGCAUGUUCGAUUCUAUCCAGUUUUCUGAUGCUAUAGAUAGCUACCAAAUGCUUCUUGGAGAGGGAAUUCUUGAUCCGUCUUUCUCUGGUGAUGAGGGAUGGAAUACAGUGAAGAUGCUUGCCUUAACUAAUUUAACAAGAUGCAAAUGGCUGGAGUGCUAUAAACAGCAAAAGGAAAAGGAGAUUAAGGCAAUUGGAGGAGUGGAGAAUAUCAGUGGAUCAAAAGGCUCUACCAAGUUCACUAUGAAACCGCUCAAAAGAUCCCGUGACACCCACAUUCAGAGUGAAACAGAACUAGAGGGUACCAUGAGGACUCCUAAAAGAGUUUUAAAGUCUGGGGAUUUGGCUUCUCAAUUUAAGAGCUCAUCUAUGCUAAAAUCUGGCUAUGCCACCAAAGGUUCAACCUGCACUGGAGGAGCACUUAGCUUAUUUAUGCUACCCCCAGAAAAGUUAUCCUUGUUGGUCCCUCCACAGUAUGGCAAUGGUGACUCUGAUCAAGACUUGCUGCUGGACAUUCCUCUAAAUGCACGGCACGCGGAAGCAGAACUUCUUUGUCAACCAUCUCAGCUGAGUUCAAUAACUCACAGCUCCACCUCCGUGGAUGGGGUUGCUGGAGGGGAGGGGUGUCUCAAGCAACCAUAUUUGAUCUUGCAUGGCCUCUUGACUCUCAGAGCCAAGACAAUGCUUGAUGAUGAUAGUGUUGCCUCCGGCUCGCCCACUCUUAUCCCCUUCCUUCAUCCGCACCGGAAGCCGCCCUCCUCCUCGCCGUUCACCAUGCUGCUCCACCUCGUCACCUCCUCCUCACCCAUAACCCCGGCACGCCCCUCGACGCAGAGGCGUCCGUGCGUUUCCGCGGCGGCGGUGGCGGUGACGGUGAGGUGCGCGGCCUCCUCCUCGAGCACCCCGUCGUCUUCUGCAUCGGAGGCGGCUGCUGCUGGGCAGCAGGUGGCGAAGGUGCACAGCUACGGGACGGUGGACUACGAGCGUCGCGCUCCUCUGCGGUGGGGUACCCUGUACCGUCGCAUCGCGGUGGGGCACGGUGGGCGGCCGGUGGGGCGCACGCUGGGGGCGUGGGACGAGGGGGAGCGCCGCCUCGACAAAUGGGAGCUCUGCCGCAUCGCCAAGGAGCUCCGCAAGUUCAGGAGGUUCAACCUCGCGCUCCAGGUUUACGAUUGGAUGACAGAGCGCAGAGAUAGAUUUCCGCUCUCAUCAAGUGAUAUGGCAAUCCAGUUGGAUCUGAUUGCUAAAGUGCGUGGUGUUUCACAUGCUGAGAAAUAUUUUGAGGAGCUCCCUGAUCCCCUGAAGGACAAGCGGACUUAUGGUUCCCUUCUAAAUGUUUACGCCCAAGCUAUGAUGAAAGAUAAAACAGAAGACACGUUUGAGAAAAUGAGGAAAAAAGGAUUUGCAUCUGACACAUUACCUUGUAAUGUGCUGAUGAAUUUCUAUGUUGAUGUUGGAGAGCCUGAUGAAGUGUCAGCAAUUAUUGAUGAGAUGAAGGAAAGAAAUGUUUCCUUUGAUGUGUGCACUUACAACAUUUGGAUAAAGAGCUGUGCAGCUAAACAAGAUGCUGAUGAAAUGGAGCGAGUCUUUAGCCAGAUGAUUGCUGAUGAGUCUGUUAUUGCCAAUUGGACUACUUAUACUACACUGGCUAGCAUGUAUAUUAAGCUUGGGAACUCUGAGAAGGCAGAAGAAUGCUUGAAAGGAGCUGAAAAGAGAACAACAGGUCGGGACAAAAAGUGUUUUCACUAUCUCAUCACACUCUAUAGCCAUCUUGGCAAGAAGGAAGAAGUUUACCGUAUUUGGAACUGGUAUAAGGCAACUUUUCCUACAAUUCAUAACCUGGGUUACCAAGAGGUACUAUCUGCCCUUGUAAGGAUAGGAGAUAUUGAGGGAGCUGAGCUUCUAUACGAGGAAUGGGCGUCCAAAAGCUCUAGUUUCGAUCCUAAGACUAUGAACAUUUUACUGGCAUGGUAUGCUAGAGAAGGUUUGAUUACCAAGGCUGAACAAAUUGUGAACCAAUUUGUUGAAAAAGGUGGAAACCCCAAGCCAAACACCUGGGAAAUCCUUGCCACAGCCUACCUGAAGGAUAAUAAAAUAUCUGAAGCUCUGUCAUGCAUGGAGAAAGCCACGGCAGUUAAAAGUGCAAGUAAAUGGAAACCAAGACCCACUAAUGUUGAGAGUCUCCUAGCAAGUUUCAAGGAGAAGAAUGACACAGAGGGUGCAGAUAGGUUAGUGAGUGUACUUACAAGUAGAGGAUGUGCUGAGGACGAAGAAUACAAGUCACUGAUUAACACCUAUGCUUUUGCGGGCACAUAAUGGUGGAAGCAAGAGUGAUGAUAUUAUGAGUACACACAUUGAACGAUCGCAUUACUUGCCUGAAAUGUUUUCUAAAAAUGCGUGCUUAACUGGUACAGCUAUGUUAAUUCCAGUGGGGUUACAUCAUUUGAUCAGAUGUUUCGCUAGACAAAUCAGACAACAAGGUAAAUUGAUCCCUGGCACAGUUAGAAAUUCUAAAAUCACGAACAGGGGGCCAAAUAGGUGGCUUCUUUGUACUUUCGAAAUGUAUAUUUACAUUAUUUUUACUUUUUCAAAAAGAACAUUAUUUUUUAGGAUUAAUCAAGCCUUAUUUUUUAGGAUUAAUCAAGCUUUCUUGGUGCAA